CCAUUCACUCAAACCCCACACACACAAAAAAAAAACUCAAACAAAACACUUCCAUUUCAACAAUUCAACCAAAACCCGUCUUGGAAUUCGCCUCUUUCAAUCCAAGUUUUUCUGCCUUUCUUUCCACAACGGUCUUCGUUUGUUUAAACAGAUAUAAAGAAUAGAGAAAACCACUGUUAGUACUACUAAUUCUACAAUGGUGGUCUUAUCCCAACAUGACCAUUUCCCUUACCUUAGAAAUUGCAGAGGCACUAAUAACUUACUAUACGGUAUUCCAUUAAUAGACCUUUCGCAACCCGACUCAAAGCAACUCAUAGUGAAGGCCUGUGAAGAUUUUGGAUUCUUCAAAGUCAUCAACCAUGGCGUCCCAAUGGAUUUUAUCAGGAGGUUGGAAUCUGAAGCAGUCAAAUUCUUUUCCCUGCCUCUUUCCGAGAAAGAGAAAGCAGGGCCUCCCAACCCUUUUGGGUACGGAAACAAAAAGAUUGGUCAACAUGGCGAUAUAGGUUGGGUUGAAUACCUUCUCUUAACAACCAAUUCGGAAUUCAUUUCUGAAAGGUUUAAAUCGGUUUUCGGCGGAGACCCGGAAAAGCUACGUUUUGCUUUGGACGACUACAUCUUGGCGGUGAAGAAAAUGGCGUGUGAGAUUCUGGAACUGAUGGCAGAAGGGCUGAAGAUUCAGCCGAGGAAUGUGCUGAGUAAGCUGUUAAUGGAUGAACAGAGUGACUCUGUUUUCAGACUGAAUCACUAUCCGCCAUGUCCAGAGGUUGGAGGUGGGAAUGUGAUUGGGUUCGGAGAGCACACAGACCCACAAAUCAUUUCAGUGCUGAGAUCCAACAACACUUCUGGCCUCCAAAUUUCUUUGAGGGAUGGCAGUUGGAUUUCAGUCCCACCUGAUCAAGACUCCUUUUUUAUCAAUGUCGGCGACUCUCUACAGGUGAUGACUAACAGUAGAUUCCAAAGUGUGAAGCACAGAGUUCUGGCAAACGGCUUGCAAUCUAGAGUUUCAAUGAUCUAUUUUGGGGGACCCCCUUUGUGUGAGAAAAUAGCUCCAUUGCCCUGUCUCAUGAAAGGUGAAGAAAGUUUGUACAAAGAGUUCACAUGGUUCGAGUACAAAAAAUCUGCUUUCAAGACCAGAUUGUCUGAUAACAGGCUUGGACACUUCGAGAAAAUUGCAGCCUCAUAAGUCAUAUCUCUCCAAUGAAACUAAAAAAAAGAUAAUAAUAAUAAUAAUAAUUUCCCACUUAUUAGAUAAAUGUUUUAAAUAGAAUUAUAUCUUCUGUCUAAUCAUAAUUGGCUAGGCUAUAGAUGGAAUACUUUUAAUGUUUUUUUUCCCUCCCCUUCUUGGUUUGUCUUUGCUCUUCCUAUUUUGCCCUUUUUCUCUCAUCAUGUAAAGAAAACUACCCUUUUCUCUCUCUCUCUCUCACUCUUAGACUUGGGUUCAUUUCGUUGAAAAGGAUUAUGUAAACUUCUUGUUCAUAACAAAAAUGGCUCUCGAUUGUGUCUCAAA